AUGGACAAAGAAAAUAAUUCCCAAUUUUAUUUUCACAAAGAUGAUAAAAUUAAAAAAAAUGUAAAAAACCCAACACCAAAAAAUGAAUCUAAUGUAAAUGAUAAAAAUAUUCCAAAUAAUAAUAAAGAAAAUAAUAAUAAUAAUAAUAAUAAUAAUAAUAAUAAUAAUAAUAAUAAUAAUAAUAAAAAUAAUAAUAAUAAUAAUAAUAAUAAUAAUAAUAAAACCAUUGAAAUUGAUGACGAAAAUGAAGAAGCAAAGAAAAUUAAUUUAGCAUUUGAAAGGGAAAUUUCACCAAAAAAAAAUAAUUAUUUAAAAACAAUUGAAUGCUUUUUUCAAAAAAUGAAUGAUACACCAAAUAAUGAAAAAAAAAGUCAAGAUUUAGAAGAAUUUGACCAUUUGGGAGACAAUUCACCACUUACAAAGAGAAAGAAAAAACAAAAUAAAGAUGGAAAGUACUAUAAUUUAUCAGCUUCAGAUUUCGAUAGUAGAUUAAUUAAAAGUUCAUCAUCAAAUGAAAGUAUGGACAGUUUAGAUAGUUCUUGUAGCUGUAAUGCUUGUGAUUAUAAUAGUGAAUAUAAUAAUAAUAAUAAUAAUAAUAAUAAUAAUAAUAAUAAUAAUAAUAAUAAUAAUAAUAAUAAUAAUAAUAAUAAUAUUAAUAAUAUCAAUAGUAAUAGUAGUAAUGAUAAUAAUAAUAAAAAUAAUUAUAAUAAUAAUAUUAAUAAAUCAGAUUUUCAAAAAAUGGAAAAAUUUGAUAAUUAUUUGGGUGGUGAUGAUGAAUCUGGUGAACAACCAAAUGACCAACACCAACUACAGAUUCAAAAACAAAAUCCAUUAUAUAAUGUAAAAGAUAAAAAAAGUUUAAUUGGUAAUAAUCUACUUGAUUCAAGUUUCAAUAGUAUGAAUAGUAGUAGUAAUUCAAAUAAAACAACAAAAUCAUUCAAUAGUUUAGAAGAGUUAUCAAUUAGUAUGGACUCUUCAGAACCGUAUAAUAUGUUUUCAAUGAAUAAUGACCAACUAUUUUCCAAUAUUGUUCAAUACUUUUUAAAGUAUUUUCCACAUUUAGAUCAAAUUAUAAUUUCUCAAGUUUUUAAUGGUACUAAUAAUUGUUUGGUUUUAUGUGAAUAUAAAGAUGGGAAAGUUACAAGUGAUUUCAAUUAUAUCUAUGAUAGUGGCAAAUUACCUCAAAAAUCAAAUAAAAUAUUUUUAGAAGGAAGAACAUUAAGACAUUCCAUUAAUCACACCUGA